AUGAACAACAAAAGCAAACAAUACGACACGGUCUGGAGCGCCGACGAUCCUGACCAGGAGGAAUUCCUGUCCGAGACAGACGUUGAAGAGGGCCACGAGAAACAAUGGCAUUCAGAUGAGAAGCCAACCAGGCGGCGGGGAAAGGCUCAACGAUCAUGGGCGACUUUAAAAGCACACAGGGGCCUGAUCGACACAUCUCUACUACUCGUUAUCAUUGUCCUGUUGAGCUUGCUGCUCCUUCGCCGGCCACCGCAACUGGAGAGGAGACAGAUCGGAGGGGAUUACACGGGGGCAGGCCCAGAGUUCCCUGCGAGAAUCGUAAAGUGGAACGCGGACGAAUCGUUCGUGCCACCCAACGCAUCGGAAUGGUUCUCGGAGUCGCUGCUGGGGAGGUGGAACACGAUGAUGCCAGCGGGAGCCGCCCUACGCUCGGCAGAGGAGGUCUUCUCGACGACUUCGAUGACACAUUCGCUGCAUUGCCUCUUCAUGAUGGGCCGCAUAUUCUCUGCGUUGUCUGGCAACAUAACGGGUGUCCUUCCUGGCGACUAUUUCACGCAUUACAUGCACUGCGUCGACUAUCUUCGUCAGGCAGUCAUGUGUAACGGGGAUAUGGCUAUGGAGCCGCAUCUGCCCACAGAUGGCCCAGACAAUGGCCCACUCGACGGUGGUUGGAACGGCAUGCACGUGUGCAAAGACUACUCACAAGUCAUUAAUUAUCUGGAUGAACAAAUCGUCGAUGGGGUGCGCGUGGUGCUGCCAAUCGACGACUGA